AUGCUUUGGGAAAUUAUUGAUGAAAGUGAGUUUUUACUUAAGCAGAGAUUUAAGAGAGAAGAAGAUCAGUCCUUUAAUGAUAGUGUGUCAGAGAAAAUAUCAAACAUUUACCUGGAAAGUACCUUGAAAAACCAGUACAGUUCUUGCAAAGUUUUAUAUUUCAGAAAUGGAAGUGUUGUGACUUACAUGGAACUAACUUUUAGGAUUUCUGUGCCUGAUGAAGUGAUUAAACAAGUCCUAAUCGGUGGCAUUCAGGAAAAUAAUGGAGGAGUUUUAGGCAACUUUCAUAUUGACAUUCAAAGUGUGGAAAUUGGAAGUUCAGAUGGAACUGGCACAACCCCAUUUUAUUCCACAGCAGGUUCAGAUGGAACUGGCACAACCCCAUUUUAUUCCACAGCAGCAAGUUGCUUUCCCGGCUUUGUGCUUUGUGGAAAUAAAAUUUCAUGUGUAAAUAAAAUAUUACUCUGUGAUGGACAAAAUGACUGCCCUGAUGGCUCUGAUGAAGCUCCAGACUCCUGUGCAACGCCUUGUGAUGGACAGUUCAUUUUGGAAGGGCCAGUUGGAUUUUUCCAUUCCAAGAAUUUCCCUUCACAAUAUGAGCAAAACUUACAAUGCCAGUGGAUAAUACGGGUUGAGAAAGAUUUCAGUAUUAAACUAGACAUUUUGACAUUUCAAACAGAAGAUUUAAUUGACACCUUGAAUGUGUAUUCAGGAACUGGAAAGAGCAAAAUUCUAAUAUAUUCACUGUCAGGCUCUGUUUCAGGAUCUCUCAUGAUAUUUUCUGAAGAAGCGAGUGUUGUGUUUUCCACAAAUGAAUAUACAAGUUUUAGUGGAUUUAACAUAACAUACAAGGCAGAAUACAUUAAUAACAUUACAAAUGAGGAGAAAAUUAACUGUUCAUUUGAAGAGGGGAUGUGUUACUGGACGCAAGACCUGAAAGAUAAUGGACAAUGGACACGACUCAAUAGUGGAGUAUUCCCACCAUUUUCUGGACCUGAAUUUGAUCAUACCUUUGGGAAUAGCACGGGGUUCUAUAUUGCCACUAAUCAAGAGCCAGGAAUAAUGAGUUAUAACCUCAUUAGUCUUGCCCUGAGUUCUGCCAAUCAUCCAGAAUGUCUAAGCUUUUGGUACCAUAUGUAUGGAUCAGAUGUCUAUCGUUUAAGUGUGCUUCUUGUCAGUCCCUUGGGAAUAACAAGCACUAUUUUUGAAAAAAUUGGCAACUAUGGAGACCACUGGAAUUAUGCUCAGAUUACACUAAAUGGAACAACUUAUUUUUCUAUUACAAUCAAAGCUGAAAAGAGAAUGGGAAGAUGGAACACCAUAGCAUUAGAUGACAUCAAACUAACAAACACAAGCUGUGUUGAAGAUGUACCAGAGCCUACUCAUGUCCCACAGCCAACUAUACCACCUUCAGAACCAACUGACUGUGGUGGUCCUUUUGAGCUCUGGGAAUCAAAUAAUACAUUCAGUUCGCCCAAUUAUCCCAACAAUUAUGUGAACAGAGCAUUCUGCACUUGGCAUUUAAAUGCAGAAGAGGGCAAAAAUAUUCAGUUCCAUUUCUCUGACUUUGAACUUGAAUAUAUUAAUGAUGUCGUUGAAGUAAGAGAUGGAAGGGGAGAUGAAUCUUUAUUGCUUGAUGUGUUUUCAGGUAAGGAGUCAUUUCGGGAUGUGUACUCAACCACAAAUCACAUGACAGUGCACUUUGUAACAAAUAAGGAAAUAACAAGAAAGGGAUUUCUGGCAAAUUUUACAACUGGUUAUCAUCUUGGUUUUCCAGGGACUUGUUCAUCAGGUGAAUAUCAGUGCCUCAGAGGCAAAUGCAUUUCAAUCAGCAGCCACUGUGAUGGUUAUUUAGAUUGUCCAGAUGCAUCAGAUGAAGCUGACUGUGUGAGCCUCCUCAAUGGUACUCAGGUAACAGACGGCCAAAUGCAGUUGAUGGUUAAGCAUGAAUGGUACAGAGUCUGUGCAGAAACAUGGGCUCCUCAACUGUCUAAUUUCUUUUGUCAAUAUUUAGGUUUUGGGGCUGGACAAGCAACAUUGGUUCCAUCAUCUCAGAACAACACUCAGUUUGUAACAAUAACACAAAGAAAAAAUGGAACCCUCCAAGUUGAAACAAGAUGUCCACACAUUAAAAAGGCAACUCUACCAAGACUUAAAGCAGAAGAAUGUGGAACCAGAAAGGUCUUCAUGAAAUCUGAUGGCAGGAUAGUUGGGGGCAGCAAUGCCAAGGAGGGUGCAUGGCCUUGGGUAGUUUCUCUGUAUUUUAAUGGCAAACAUAUCUGUGGAGCUUCACUUUUAAAUAAGAAAUGGCUGGUAACAGCAGCUCACUGUGUUUAUGGGAGAAGCUUCGAUCAUUCAAAAUGGAAAGCAGUCAUUGGACUUCACACUCAGCUUAAUUUAACAUAUCCACAGACAGUUAUGUGUCAGAUUGACAACAUUUUCAUGAACCCGCAUUAUAAUAAAAGAACAAAAGACAGUGACAUUGCUCUAAUACAUCUGGAGUCUGCUGUACAUUUCUCAGACUAUAUUCAACCCAUAUGUCUUCCUGAAAAAAAUCAGCAGUUUAAGCCAGGAACAAAAUGCUUUAUUGCUGGCUGGGGCUACUUGGUUGAGUAUGGGUCUGCUGCAAAUAUCUUGCAAGAAGCAAGUGUCCCAAUAAUAGCAAAUGAUGUCUGUCAGCAGAGGAUGCCUGAAUACAAUAUCACUCAGAGAAUGAUAUGUGGAGGAUAUGAUGACGGUGGCAUAGACACUUGCCAGGGAGAUUCUGGGGGUCCUCUCAUGUGUCAAGAAGAUAAACAGUGGAUAUUAGCAGGUGUCACCUCUUUUGGUUAUGGGUGUGCUCAGCCAUUUCGUCCUGGUGUGUAUGUCCGUGUCACUGAAUUUUUAGACUGGAUUCAGGCCAUAAUAAAGUGGUCUUUAAUUUAA